AUGAAGGGCCAAAGUGGGAAGAAUUACAAACAUAAAGGGUCAAAGUGGGCAAAAUCAAACUUAAAGAGUCAAAAUGAGAAGGAUUGCAAACAUAAAGAGUCAAAUUGCCAAGAGCUGGUAGUAAAUUCAGGCCACUUCAACGCGCACUCUCUCGAUUUCUUGACAGAAUUCCCCAAAGCCCUAUCGUUUCUCGAUCAAAAAACUAACGUCGCCGUCAUAGUCCUCUCCGGCAAUGGCGAUCACUUCUGCUCAGGCAUCGAUCUCAAAGCCCUAAGCUCAAUCACCUUCGAAUCCAGCGACCACGGCCGCACAGCCGAGCGCGUCCGCCGAGAGAUCAAGCGCUUCCAGGAACCGGUCACAGCCGUAGAGAGGUGUCGGAAGCCAGUAAUCACCGCUGUGCACGGGGCUUGUAUCGGCGGCGGUGUUGAUAUCAUCACCGCCUGUGACAUUAGGUGUCGGAAGCCAGUAAUCGCCUCCUCCAUAGGCUGCUUGUGCGAACCUUUCAAUUGCAGGUUUGAGUUCUUGCUUGCUUGCAAGGGAAAUCUUGCAUCCACAGAUCUUGGCUUUUGUUGUUCCAGUCAACAUAAAUCAAGUUUGCUGUAUGUACAGAGAGAUGUUUCCAGUGUGCUUGAUGUUCUUCGUCUUCUUGCGAUCGCGCUCGGGCUCUUUCAGGGCCUUGAUGACGAGCGCGGCGACGGAGGGGAUGACGGAGACUUUGGCCUGGCGGUUCUGGAUGGUGAGCUUCACGGUGACUCGGAGGCUGGUUCAGUCAUUCCGAGAGCAAGCUCGAUUGGGUGUUGCUGGGUUGCCUCCGAGAGAGAGAAGAUUUGGACAAUGAUGGGAAGGUAUGUGUAAAAAAUAAGCGAAAUAGAUUGAGGUCCGGCGGGCGGCCAAGGCGAGGUUGCCGCCCGCCGGUGAAGCAAAAUUACUAGAGUCUUAACCUUGCUCUGAUACCAUGUAACAAUUUAUGUAUUAUUGAUUGAU